AUGGAACAUCUGAAGUUAGUUCUGCAGUAUUUUCAGUUCAACUCCAAGUCUAUAUCAAAUGGAAUAUGCAUCGUACUGGCCCUGAUCAGUGUGAAGCUCUACACCAGCUUUGACUUCAACAGCCCCUGUAUUUCACAAUACAACGAACUCUACGCACUGGGAGGGAUGUUUGUCUCGCCUUUAAUAUUCUUCUUCCUGGGAAUCUUGGUCAAUCGACCCACAGGAGUCAUGAUGAAAGAAUGAUUGAGACCCAUUGGGAAGAGAAGCAAAGAUCCUGCCAUUGUCAAGUACAUGUUCUCUGCCAUGAUGCGGAGGGCUCUACUGGCGCCAAUGGUGUGGAUUCUGGUCACUCUGCUGGAUGGGAAGAUCUUCAUCUGUGCUUUCAGCGUGAGUGUAGACCCCAAGCCGUUCUCUGGCAUGCCCAACAACACUGGCCUGGACCUGGACAAGCUCAUGGCCAAGGUGCCCUGCAAGGAGGACAUGGUCUUCAGGAACAGCACAUUUCGUAAAGCUGUUCAACGCUAA